AUUUUUUUUUAUAUUUUGGUGGAGUAUUGUGCACACAAAACGGUAUAUGACCUCAAAAUUAUGUUCAUGGUUGCUUUAUAAGUUCCUGUAUUAUCGGCAUAGACCUCUUUAUCUCUAGUACCUAUAUAUUUACAAUAUGUAUUAACAUUAACAUAUUAUUAAGAAAGCAUAUUCAAAGUUUUACUUUUAUUGGAUACAAAAAUAUACCGCACUUCACACAUUUCAGAGAAAAAUAAUAUUAAUAACUAUUAGGUUUAAGUAUUUUAAAAAAUGAAUUUAAGGAAAAUAAGUCCUCUUAAGCUCCCACAUUCCUUCGCUUGGACGUCGGAAGCCUCAGUAGGCUUAAUUUAUAGAGAAACGAUAAUAAUGGAGAACUGGCUUGACAUUUUUUCACUGCUGAUUUUGACAACCAAUAAAAAAUAGUUGAACGCUUGUUUUUCUAAAAUCGAACAAUUUACAGAAAUACGAUAUUUUCGUUGAGAACGAAUUUAGAGGACAAUUAUCGCAACUCAUACCAAAUAGAUGGAUACUGAAAAACAUUUUCCUUUUCUUUUCUUUCUUUUUUUGUUUACGUCAUUGGUCAAGAGCCAAUGCAAAUGUUUUAGCAUAGAUUAUUUAUGUAACAAAAGUUUUAUUAAGACGUAGUGACGAGAAUAUGAAACAACAUUUUUCAAUGAUAAAAACAUUCCAUGGUUGCGUGGUUACGAACGCUUUCAAAUUAAAAUAUCUAAUAUGGACAAUAUCUCACAACAAGCUGACGAAAUUGAGGCAUUGAAGUCAAUCUUCGAAGAUCAAUGGCACUUCAAUUCAGAAGCUGGCAGUUAUUGUAUACAGAUUACUAGAGAUGUGGAGCUCUGGAUUACUCUAAAUCCAGAAUACCCUUCAGAUUUGCCUCCAACCCAUGAAUUGUUGGCUCCCACGUUAAGUAAAUCACAAAAAGACUUGGUAGAUCAGGAAUUUAAAACUAUAUUUGAGGAAAGAGGAAGUCCUAUUAUAUAUCAAUGGAUUGAAAAACUAAAGGAAAUUACAUUAGAGACUUCUGAAAACAAUUACGAACUGCCAGACCAGAUUACUAGUGCUUCUUUUCAGUCUGAUGAAGAACAUAAUGUUGAUAACAAACAUGUGUCAGAAGUGAUUCAUGGGCCUAUAAUUGUGGAUAGGAAAAGUACUUUUCAAGGACAUAUGUGCUCCAUUAAAAAUCAGAAGCAGUUUAGGCAAUUUUUGGAAUAUUUGCUAGAGAAUAAAAAAAUUGCCCAAGCAACACACAAUAUCUGGGCCUAUAGGGUGUUAUCUGAUAAGUCAAUUAUUCAGGAUUGUGAUGAUGAUGGUGAAACUCAUGCCGGUGGACGAUUAUUGCAUUUAUUAGAAAUAUUGGAGCUAAAAAAUGUUGCAGUUGUUGUGUCAAGAUGGUAUGGUGGUAUUUUAUUGGGUCCUGAUAGGUUUAAGCAUAUAAACAAUGCUGCAAGACAAGCACUCAUUGAAGGAGGAUUUCUUCCAUCAAAGGCAAAAUAAAUAAUAAAUGUAAAUACAGUUCAAACUGCACAUGCA